AUGACUGGCUGCAGGCGUGCUGAUGCAGAAGGCAUUUCUCGACGAAUAAACGUGCGAUUCGCCGGAGGUCACGAUCAACGAAUGCGGCGAAGGCUGAACAGUUGUACCGUAGAACAUUGCGGAUCAAUUGUCCUUUUCAUUUGGAAUUCGUAUCGGUCGUAUCGGCUACGCGUCACUCAAGUGCGAAUAGCCUACAUACGCUGGCUGCAUGGAAACUGGGAGCGCACAACAGAACGUCUUUUCGCCGAGGCCCGGGUCGACCCUUUGAAAUACGUAUCGAUUCGCUACCUCCAGCUGACCGCGGCCGUAGUAGCCGCACGACAGAAAUGGAUACCCAGAGGAAGAAACUUUCGAAUUGGUGACAUAUUGCUGCUGGCGGAUGAACGAUUGCGGCGAGGCGGAUGGCCCCUGGCGGUCGUCAAGGAAUGCCUUCUGGAUGAAAACAGGCUCGUACGCACGGUUAAAGUGAAAACGGCAGCCGGCGAAACCCUGCGAGACAUUCGCCGAAUCUGCUACCUGGAGGGAGGAGAAGCGGAACCGACCGGGAACCCAAGCAGCGGAGUAAUCCCCCGGGUUAGCGAAGGAGGCACUCGCAUAAGAAAUGAUGUCUUCCUACUGAACAAUCUCUUCAAAUCCGACAUGGCCGAUGACUUCUUUGUACGCACUAGUAUGGACAAUGUUAGUCGACAUAGCAUGAAACUCGUCAAACCGCGUGCCCGUAAACUAGUUCGUAACCUUCUUGUACAGACGGAACACGGACUCAAUCCAACAUCCACCGCAGUGAAGCCUUGUCCGUACCCGGUUAACCGAGAGGCGGGACCAGAAGAAACCUUGGAAACCACUAAGAUCAGGGAUCACUGGGCCUAG